CGCAACCCGCCCGGCCCGCUGCCACACAGUAUCCGUGGAGCUCAACCGGAGGGGAGCUACCGUGGCUCGACUGUCUCGCCGGUGCUGCUACUGCGACAUAACCGCUGGAGGCCGACCAACUUGGAAUAACGGCGCUAGUGACAAGAUUCAAAGUAUUUUUUUGGUUGUAUAUAUUUUUCGGACAGAACUAUCACAACCACGCUUGGGUAUGGCAAGUCCGGUGGCACACACCGGACAGUCGCAUCAGCAUCAGCCGGUGACCGCGUCCGCUUUCCGGGAGGCGCAGAAAUGGAUCGAGGCGGUGACAGGAAGAUGCUUUGGUGACAAGAAUUUCAGGGGAGGAUUGGAGAAUGGUAUACUGCUAUGCGAGUUACUGAGCUCCAUUAAACCCGGCUUGGUAAAGAAAAUCAACAGGCUUCCAACACCCAUUGCUGGCCUGGACAACCUGAGUGUGUUUCUGCGUGGAUGUGAGGAGUUGGGACUGAAGGGAACCCAGCUUUUUGACCCCGGAGACCUUCAGGACACGUCGACACGUCCCGCUUCCAAGCCGAGCGACUGCAGCCGAAAGCUCAAAAAUGUUCUAAUCACCAUCUACUGGCUGGGUCGGGCUGCCAACAGCUGCACUUUUUACAGCGGGCCCACGUUGGACCUGAGGGAGUUUGAGGGCCUCCUGUCACAGAUGCGAAAGGAGGCGGAGGAGGCAGAGAGCCCCCAACGCAGCAUCCGGGAUAGCGGCUAUAUUGAUUGCUGGGAUUCUGAGCGCAGCGACUCGCUUUCCCCACCCAGGCAUUUCCGCGAGGACUCCUUUGACAGCCUGGACUCGUUCGGCUCGCGCUCACAACAGACCCCGUCGCCGGACGUCCUGGUGGCCCGCGGCAGCAGCGAUGGCCGCGGCAGCGACUCCGAGUCGGACGGCCCACCGUACCGGAAGAUCCCGGACAUCCACAAGGACGACAUGUUGGCCCGCCGCACCUCCGUGAGCGAGCCGCGCACAGCCAUGCCCUUCAACCAGUACCUGCCCAAUAAGUGCAACCAGAGCGCCUACAUGCCAACGUCGCUGCGCAAGAAGAACGGCGACAAGGACGAUGGCGAGCGCAAAAGCUGGAGUACGGCCACUUCGCCUGUAGGGGGGGACAGACCUUUGAGCGUGUCACAUGACCUACAGAGUGUGAGCAUGAUCGACAUGCGUGGGGAGGAUGACGCCGCCACGAUCUUGCCACCGCACAGUCACAUGCGUCAUGAGCUGAUGCACAACCAGUACAACCAGAUGAAGGAAGAGGACAGUCACUGGCAAGAUGAUCUGGCCCGGUGGAAAAGUCGUCGGCGCAGCAUCUCUCAGGACCUGAUCAAGAAAGAGGAAGAGAGGAAGUUGAUGGAGCAGCUGAUGACCGGAGGGGAGAGCAUCUCGCAGAGGAGGAGGAGCAUCAAGACCUACCGAGAGAUUGUCGAGGACAAGGAACGUCGCGAGGAAGAGCUGCGGGCAGCUUACCGGAGAGCCAAAACCCCCGAGGAGGCGGCCUUCAUCCUCCAGCGUUACGCCCAACGCUUCUCCAUUAGCGAAACGGUUAUGGAGCGCCUCCAGCUGCCCAAGGUCCUGGACCGCAGCAUCUCGGCCGACCCGUCCUUCUCCGGCUUCCCCGUCCCCCUCUCGCCCUCGCCGACCACCCCCGAGCCGUGGGAAGCCGACCCCGACAGUCCCCUGAAGUAUCUGCGGCAGCAGUCGUCCCCGGCCUCGGCUCCCAGGUUCACAUCUACGGUUGAGGCACAAAUCGAUGAGUGGCCAAGAGACAUGCUGCCCCAAAGGCCACAGAUCCGAUCGCGCUCAUCUGAGCCGCCGCCCAACCGGGUGCCGUCCCCCAAGCCGCUGCCAUUGCUGACGCCCAAGCCUUACGUUCAGUCCUGGCCUGCUACACCGGAGCCCUGGCCCAGCAAGGCUGAUGGUUUGCUGCGGGUCAAUGGCAACACGGGACCCGACGACUCUCCCGCCGCGCCCGAGAGCCAAGCAAGGGAGUCCUCCCCCGUUUUCCUACCGUCCUCAUCGCCCAAAACCACAGCCCACCACGCGGAUGCGGCCGCGGCAGGAGACAAUCCGAUGUGCACCAAGAUCGAGGCAGCUUCGACUGACAUCCAGGACAAGGAGAUCGCUCUGUGUUUAAUGCCACCUAGCAGGCCUACUUCACUGCCAGUGGAGUUGCAGAAGCCAGAGGAGAGUUUCGGGUGGAAGACUGGAAGCCAGCUGGCGGCUGCACCACUGGAGAAAAAGUGUGAAUCAGCGUCACACUUCCAAACAUCUGCAGAAGCCAAACAUGAGACUGUACCAUCGUGUCAAUCAGGGCUUGGCACGCACUCUGUAACCUCAGAGACAAGCAUAGACAGUCACCUGGAGACGAACCAGAAGAAAGGGGAGGUUCCCUGUUUUGGACAUCAACCGCCAACUACAAUAACAGAAGGUUUUAAAAACACUACCCGCUCUCCAGUGACAAGCAGCAACCCAAAUUUACGCUGGGAGUUCUUUGCAGAUAAGGGGGAGAAGGAGCAGCACAGCAACGGGGAGAGGGCAUCCCGUCAGGUUUCGGUGCCGGUAUCGCCUCAGACCAGACGGGCCGACCGCUGGUCCUGGGACCUAGACGAGGAGCGAAAGCGUCAGGAAAGGUGGCAGCAAGAGCAGGAGCGCCUGCUGCAGGAAAAGUACCAGCGGGAGCAGGAGAAGCUCAAGGAAGAGUGGGAGAAGGCCCAGAGGGAGGUUGCCCGGGAGGAGAGGCGCUACCAUGAGGAGGAACGUCUAAUAUUGGAAGAGACGGUCACACCCCUGACUCCGCCAUCGUCUGCCCCUGCCCCGUUGGCUUCCAAAGGCCAGGACACGAUCGUGCGCUCACUUGCUGACUGGGAGCGCAAACAGGAGCGCCUGGAAAGACAUUCGAAGGAAAGUGCAGAAAAAGUGCAGUGUAGACCGCGAGAGAACGACAAGACGAGCGAUAUCAGCGCCACCGACGACAGCUUCAGAACAGCCAAGAGCUCGGUGAGUCAGAGUAGCUGCCUGCAGAAUGGCCAGAGGAUUCACCAAAUGGCCGGCAAGCCCUCCGCGCCCGUCAAGAAACGGCAAGACGCUGACAUCGGCAAGCCUGCCCGCCCUGCGGGAGAACGCAGGAGUGCGCCCAUCACUAAUAACGUGGGCCGCAGCCCACCCAAGCCCCUUCCGCCUUCCGUCGAAGCACCGCCCAACAGGUCUGUCAGCGGCAAGAAGCUGUGCUCCAGCUGUGGGCAGCCGCUGGGUAAGGGGGCCGCCAUGAUCAUCGAGACCCUCAGCCUCUACUUCCACAUCGACUGCUUUAAGUGCGGCGUGUGCAAGGGCCAAUUAGGAGACACAUCCACGGGCACUGACGUGCGGAUCCGCAGCGGCCUCCUCAACUGCCACCAGUGCUACAUUCGCUCCCGCUAGGGAGCUUGCAUGCCACUCCACAUUUUGAGAAUCACUGACAAUCGCAGUCAUCUAUCUACACAGCCAUGAUCAAUUUCCUUGCGAUUCGUCAUCUCGCCUGCGCCCUCUGUUGCCGCUUGCUGAGCGUUUGCUGCUCUCUCGUUUCCCCUCAAGCAGCCGGACAGCCGACCACCUUGUGACGCCUCCGGUCAAGUUGAACCCGAUCACCUGCCAAGCCCGGUCCUCCCGUGCAACCCCAUUUCAUCACAUCACAUGCCGUAUGCAAUAUAUUAUUCUUUAACCGCAGAGUGUCAGGCGUAAGAACAGUCACUCGAUCGUAUCCGCAUUUUUAUGAAGCACAAUCUAUUUAAACCCCCAUUCAGUUCCAUAUAAAGCAUGUACGUUAAUUGGAUUUAACCUGGUUUAGGCAUCUCAUUUUUUCCCCCCCUACUUUUCAUCAAACGGCAUCCAUUUUAUGCCACUGCCAAAACCAGAUGAAAUGAGAUAUGCAAAGGCACCUUCGCAAUGUGCAAUACUGGACCUCGACAAGGGCAAAUGUCAUUUUGGAUCAGCAAUGAAUUGUACACCUGAGUGAUGAUGUCCAAAAAUUGUUACUCUAAUCCAAAUAAUCCACAAGGCUUCCACUGACACACACGCUUUGAAUGUAAUUCACAAGGGCAAUAACUGGACUCGCUGCUUUAAUGUGCCUUAGGAACAAAAAGGAUGACGAUGCAGCAAAGAAACAUUCAAAAAAAAAUGUUUGUCCCCCCAUUGUUUUUAUUUCAUUUCAAGGAGAAAAAGUGGCCAAAUUGUCAUCGUCCUCCAAACUCCUUUAUUGCAAGUCGUCCACUGUGCCGCCGCAGUGAUUUUGCAGUGAUUGAAUGCGCUUGUCGUCCAUUUUGAGGAAUAUAAGCAGGGCAAGACAAUUGACCUUUCGCUUAAACCGCACCCCCCGGAAACGUAGAGCAGCCAGUCACAGCGCAGCACAGAGGCUGCCGCUUUCCUGGUUUGAUUUUUGCUUUUUUUUUCCUCUAUGCACAGCUGAGUGACACGAAGUUUGGAUGGAAAUGUAUUCUUUUUUUAGGCUGGAGAAAAGCUGUUCGGUCGUCCACAUAGUCGAUUGAAUACGUCCAUUUUAGUCGGUUGAAUAGCGCAAAAAUCCAAAACUAGGCUAGAAAAAUCCAGACUGGAUGAAGCCACGAGGCUGUCUGCAUCGUCUGAUGAAUCCCUCAGGAAUCGACUAAAAUUCAACUUAGCCCAAAUGAAAAGCAGGCUUGAUAAAGCGAAGCAGUUGGCCUCAGUCGGUUGAGUAGUGCAAAAUCGAAAAGCAGCCCAGACAAAAGCAAAAUGUGGAUGAAGCUAUGCGGUCAUCCAGCAUUGCGAGACGAAAUGUUUUUUGUCUUUUUUUUUUUUUUUUUUUUUUUGCCUUAGCAACAGUAACUAGCGUUCUAAGCGAAAGGUCUAUUGAACGUAUGCCAACUUUUUUUUUUGUUUGUUUUUGCUGUAUUUGCUAUUUGAGAGCUGGGCAUUGUGCUGCGGAUGUUAAAAAUAACUGCACGUUUACGCCUAAAACCAAAAGAUGAUGUUUAAAAAAAAAAAAAAGUACACAUCUGAGCAAUAGUUGCUGCGCUCCCCGGUGUCGUUGAGCAUUUUCCUCUCUCAGUAUUCCUCCGCUUCUCUUUUUCUUUUCGCAGGGAGGCUUUCUUGUGUAUUUAUUAUAAUAGUCACCUGAACAUUAUCAACACCUUUCAAUGUAUCCUUUCAUUCACUGUGUCAAUGCAAUGACUAUGUUUAUAAAUAAAACCAUCCAAAGUCA